GGAGUAAUGCAGGGAAUAGUGAAGGAGGGUAUAGGGGGCUAUUUCGGACACAGCCAACAGAUUCAAGACGUAGACGUAAUGUGACGUAAUUUCCGGGUCGGAUGGCGUAGCGAAUCAAGGCUAACGACGCGCGAGAUCAUGCAAGAGAGGAACCGUGCUUGUGAAAACAUCGGACGUUGCGGAUAAAAUAGUUAACCGUCUUAAUGAAGUUUUAAGUGUGACGGACUCGGCACCCGACAAAGAUCCAGGAUGCCCAUUCCUCCCCCUCCUCCCCCACCCCCAGGUGGACCCCCUCCUCCCCCUACCUUUAACCAGGCGAACACGACUCCUCCAAAGCUGUCUCGUGAUGAAUCAAAGGGCAGAGGGGCGUUACUCACUGAUAUCUGCAAAGGGGCCAAGUUGAAAAAAGUAGGCGUUGUCAAUGAUAGGAGUGCACCUGUGAUUGAAAAACCAAAAGGAGGUGGGGUGUCCAUUCCCGGAGGACCGUCUGCUCCCGCCCAGUCUGUGGGGGGGCUUUUCCAGGGUGGUGUCCCAAAAUUGCGACCCGUAGGAGAUGGUUCUGUAGGGCGGCCUGCGUUGCAGCCUCCUGGUACUCGUCCCACUGCUCCUCGCCCGCCUGGAGGACACGAUGAUCCAGACAGUCUCUCUCAGCAGUCCUCUUCUCCAGAGUCCAGUCGAUCCCAGAGACCAUCCCUGCCUGAUCUCUCCCGUUCUCCCGGUGGAGGCAGCAGCCCCUCUACAGGCAUGAAGCACAGUACAUCUGCCCCUCCUCCUCCACCUCCCAUGACUCGUCGUGGAAACGCUCCACCCGCUCCAACUCAGAAGGCCGCAUUGGCCUCGUACAACCGUGAGAAACCCCUUCCACCUACUCCGGGUCAGAGAGGACCCUCUCCAGCACCCGUGCGUGACAACGCGCCGCCCCCUCCAGUGAAACCUCCUCCGUCACCCGCGAGCAAUCGCUCUUCUUCGUCGUCAUCAUCCUCGUUGGCCCCGCCUCCACCCCCUUACCGCCAGCAGUCCGGGGUUUCGAAUGGCUCUUCUAGUCCUGUGAACGAGGCUGCCCCUGAGCUACCCCAGAGACACAACUCGCUCAGCAAGAAACCUUCAACAGUUGGACACACGCCAACACGUGGACAUGCGCCACCUCCACCACCAUCGCCCACGCCACAGGCUGCCAGACCUCCGCCUCCAGCACGAGAACCCCCAGGACGUGGAGCAGCUCCUCCAGUUCCUGGUCAGCCGUCACGCAACGGACGGGACGCUCCACCUCCCCCACCUCCUUACCGGACCCAUGGCAGCUCCUCGGAUGGUCCGAGCCGAGGCAAGCCCCCACCUCCCCCCUCCCGCACACCAGCCGGACCCCCACCUCCUCCCCCACCCAUCCGCAACGGACACACUUCCAUUACCCGUUCAUUCGUAGAUGAUUUUGAAUCCAAGUAUUCUUUUCAUCCUCUGGAUGACUUCCCUCCUCCGGAAGAGUAUAGACACUUUACUAAAAUCUACCCAAGUAAAGCCAACAGAGUAAUGAGAGGAGCCCCUCCUUUACCACCCUUGGGGAGGUAAACACUGUGAGACUGCAUUGCCGACAAGGGUUCUUCAUUCCGACCCACACGUUCAUAGACAAUCUCACGUGCACAUCUAAAUCCUCCAAGCCUGCACCUUAUUAACAGUCAUUCCCCCAUCAGAUAACAUUCCUCUACAUUUACUCAAGCUUCAUCUCCCAUAACCACUCGUUAAUCAUCUUCUGAAAAAAGGAGAAUUAUAGGAGUGUGCUGCAUUCCACCAUCACUGAUGGACAGCUGUCAUGUAUUUCUUUAUAUUUGAAAUACCUGCUUACUCUGAAUAUCACUACACGUUAGAUUGUAUGUUCAUUACGUUGUACGUCAUGCUAUCAAAGCGUGUACGUUGGGGAUGUGUAGCACUAGAGAAAGGCCCCGGGAAAUGUCUUAACUGCCGCGUCGGGCAUCGUAUUAUAUGUGUCGUCCGUUUUUUCUCUUUUAUUUGCUACCCCUGUGAUGCACUGUGAAUAAUGUCAGUCACUCGAAUGUGUGAACUGAACUGUAAAAUUUAUGAACUGCUUUAGUUGUUUUGUUUUGUUUUCUUGGACGUAUCCCUUUUUUCAGGGAACAGACAUUUAUGUUCUCAGGGGGUUUAUUGGACGUCAUUACCCUCUCCAAAGGCAGAGAACGAUAAGCUAAAUGAACCAGAGUUACGGCGGGUCCAAAAGUGCCAAGAGAAUCUGCUCUAGCGUCACACAAACUGCAGGUAUUAUCAUUAUUGUUUGUUAUAGAGAUAAGCAAGUUUGGAGAUGCUACAUGCCUCACAAUUUGUGCCGUAAACUUGCCUCCGAUGUAAAUUCUGGCUUUUGGCAUUAUGACAAGCUUUCAUAACCUUCGCGAACGAACUGAAAGCUAACUUGACGUGCUGCAUAUGGACUGGUGUCGUGGGGCAGCGCUAUAUAAAAGACUGCUAUUGUAUCCUGACGGAGAAUAACUGGAAUUUUAUCCAUUACAGAGUUUAAAGGAAAGUUAUGCAAAGAUUUAACUGCAUGCUGCUUUUUGGGACCGAUCCCUAACAAAAAUGUGGGGCUUAUUUGCAUGUAAACUUACACUACUUUCUGUAUCUCAUUUUUUAAUACAGCUGCUUUUUGGAGGACCAUUACAAGGUUUUUGGAUGGUUUUCUUGUAUCGUGUUGUUGCAGAAUAGUACCGUUACCAUUUAAACUAAUCGCACAAUCAUCACACUAAUUCUUUGCAAUAUGCAUAGCCAUAAAGAUGUACAUUAAAGACAAAACUAGCUUUGCUGCAUUUCUUAAAACUGACGUUGAUGUUUGGGACUGGGUGUCAUAUUGUUAAAUUGUACUUUGUAUAAAACCCAUGUAUGCUUUUCUCUGUAUGAGCUCCACAGAUGAGUCUACUAACAUACCAGCAUCUGCAUCCUAUUAUUAUUAUUAUUUUUUUUUUUUUUUUUUGAGGUCUUCACCUUGCCAUUUUUAAGUCAUAUAGACCUGAAAUCAACAAUUAUGAAACAUUACCGUAUUGCCCCAUUUAGCCUCUCAGUUCUUCUGCCUUACAUUUAUUGAUAAACUUACUGGUACUUAGAAGUCUUAUAAGAAAGAAAUAAUAAAACUGUAUUUGCAGUAUAAAGGAGGGAGGGGGGUGGUAGUGAUGGGUAGAAGUUUAUUUUUAAGUUGUAAAAAGCUUGUAAUAUAGUAAAUAACUUUAACCAGCCAUGCACAAGGCUUCAAAUGAAGUCUGUAAUGAUCUCUUGAUGUUGUUUAUGUCCUCAAAUGUUUCUUAGAUUAUUCAUGUCCUUAAUCUUCUAUCUAUCUAUCUGUCAGCAGGGGUCAGUGUAGAUGUAUGUACUGUAUCUUACAUUGAGAGAGAAAGAUUAUCUUUAUCAUCAUCAUUUCAUGCUCAACUUAAGCCUGUAUUUUUCUUUACUGUGGUCUGUCAAUUAACCAGUUGAAAUAAAGCUGAUGAUAAGA